AUGUUUCUCUCCUUCCUCUUCACUCCAUGGCUGCUGCUGGCUGCUCCUGUCCUCUACUACCUCCUACCGUACUUGCGCAACUGGUCCAUCCAAGAUGUCCCCGGCCCGUUUCUGGCGAGAUUCACCAACUUCUGGUACAUGUAUGAAUGUCGCCGCGGUCGGAGAUACUACACCGUCUACCAGUUGCACGAGAAGCACGGCAAGCUGGUCCGGGUGCAACCAAAUCAUGUGUCUGUAGCAGACCCCGACGCCAUUCCCAUCAUCUACGGCCAUGGCACAGGCUUCCUCAAGUCAAAAUACUACGACGCCUUUGUCUCAAUCAGAAGAGGCCUCUUCAACACCCGAGACCGCGCAGAGCACACGCGCAAGAGGAAGACGGUGUCGCAUACGUUCAGCGCAAAGAGCAUCGGGCAGUUUGAGCAAUAUAUCCACGCCAAUCUGGAACAGCUCACGAUACAAUGGGAUCGGCUGAGCAAAGAGGCCGGCGGCGGCUACUACAAAAUGGACGCCUUGAACUGGUUCAAUUACGUCGCAUUUGAUGUGAUUGGGGAUCUGGCGUUUGGCCAGCCGUUUGGAAUGCUGGAAAGAGGACAGGAUAUUGCCGAAGUUCGCAUGACGCCCAACUCCAAGCCCACCACGGCGCCGGCGAUUCAGGUGCUCAACCGACGCGGCGAAGUGUCCAACGCCAUUGGAUGUCUGCCGGAGAUCAAGCCGUAUGCCAAGUACCUCCCCGAUCCAUUCUUCAGCAAGGGCAUCGAAGCUGUGCAAAACCUGGCAGGAAUUGCCAUUGCACGCGUGAACCAACGACUCGAGGCGGCGGAGAAGGGUGAGAUCCAGCGAGUCGACCUGCUCGCACGGCUGAUGGAGGGCAAAGACGAGAACGGCAACAAGCUGGGACGGGAGGAGCUCACGGCCGAGGCGUUGACGCAGCUCAUUGCCGGCUCCGACACUACAUCCAACACCUCAUGCGCCCUGCUCUAUCACUGUCUGAUGCACCCGGAGGUGGUGAAGAAGUUGCAGGCAGAACUGGAUGCCGCUCUUCCCAGUGACGAUGUCCCCAGCUACGACCAAGUCAAGGACCUCACGUACCUGGAUCAUAUCAUUCAGGAGACUCUCCGCAUCCACAGCACUUCCAGCCAGGGCCUCCCGCGACUCGUACCACCGGGCGAGGGCGUCGAUCUUGCGGGCCACCACUUCCCGCAAGGCGUAGUUGUGAGCGUGCCUGCGUACGUCAUGCAUCAUAGCAAGGAAAUUUGGGGCAAAGACGCCGACGAGUUCCGGCCGGAGCGGUGGGACAAGGUGACGGACAGGCAGAAGGAUGCAUUCAUCCCCUUUUCAUACGGCCCUCGCUCAUGUGUGGGCCGCAAUGUGGCUGAAAUGGAAUUGGCGCUCAUCGUGUCGAUUGUCUUCCGACGUUAUGAGUUUGAACUCUAUCAGGACCACCUGAAAACGCGAGAGGGGUUCUUGCGGAAGCCUUUGGGUCUGAUGGUGGGCAUGCGCAAGAGGAAGACUUGA